ACAAUAACGCACACGAAGGAUAAAUAACAAAAAGCAGUAGCUUCUGAAAAACGAAAAUUAAUUCAAACGGAAAGAACAUUGAACCACAAACAGAAAGUUGCAUUCUUCUUUUUAGAUCUUGCAUUUUCAAGCAUUAUUCUCAGGAAUUUGUAAAUAGGAUUAUGUUUUCGACACGAAUCCAGAUAAUUCAAAGAUAUUGUUUAGGCUUCGCCGGGUUUGAACUGUUGUGAAAUCUUUUGUUUAUUACACGCUGCGUUGUAUUGUGGGUACAAGUGAUCGACCAAUGGAUUAGCUUGUAAGGGAAGCCAAUGUCUCAUGGUUUUGCUGGACUCUUAAGAUGCUAACAUAAAUUGAGACUGGCUUCUCUUUUCUAAUUGUUUUGAAGUUGAGAAAAUACACAAGAUUAUUUUGAUUGUGUCUACGUGUUGUAGGACAAGGUAAGGUCAGUUAAAAGUUCACAACUUGAACGUAGAAGGAAAGUGCACUCACGCCGGGGUGUUUUUUUAGACGAGUGAAAAAAAGAGGUCAUGUUUUAUAAUGUAAUAGUAUUAUUUUCAGAAAUGUGAAGACUACAGUUUUGUUAAUUUUGUGUUGUGUUGAAAGUUUACUCGUAACUUCGACAAGUGUAGUAAUCGGUACAACGAAAGUUGCGAAAAUGGUAAACUACGAAGACAGUAGGAAACUUUAUAGUGUUUCCUCAUUUUCAUUGUGGAAUGCUGGUAAUCGCAGUGUACCAGCUCAGUAUGGAGCGUUUGCUUCUGUAAAAAGAAUUGGCAUUAAUCCAUCAUGGACUCUGAUAGUUCAUUGGACGGUGAAGUUGAAACUAAAAACGAGGUAGAAAAUAAAUUCAGGAGGUCUGUAGACAGAGAAGAGAAUGAUUAUACACAGGAUGGAAGUGAAGAAGACAGUGAUGACAACUCGGAAAGUGAAGAUUUAAACAGCAGCAAGUCACCACCAAAGUCACCACAAGAACAUUGUGAGAUAUCUCCAAAAUCUCCUGCUUCUUAUCAUAGUAGGUCACCAUCAGGGCUUGACAGGCAUGAUGUAUCUCCAAAAUCAAUGGAAUGCCUUUCUAUCAAGUCACCUCCACAAGAUGAUGUACAGGAGCAGUCGGAUAGGUCACCAUACUCUACCCCAGUACAGUCUCCACCAGAUGCUGAUAGAGGUGAAAUGUCACCACAGUCUCACAGAUCCACCAAUUCAGAAUCUCUGCCACCAACUGGACAACAAUCACCACCUUCUGGGAGGUCUAGCACAGUAGCAUCCCCACCUCGUCCCAGUAGACAUGGUGACUCUCCCAAAUCUGAUGACGUACAAAGUGAUUCUCCUAAAUCUGAUGAUGUACAAAGUGAUUAUUCUAAAUCUGAUGAUGUACGUGGUGACUCUCCGAAGUCUGAUUAUGUAUGUGGUGACUCUCCUAAGUCUGAUUAUGUACAUGCUGACUCCCCUAAAUCUGAAGAUGUGCAUGGUGACUCCCCUAAAUCUGAAGAUGUACAUGGUGACUCUCCUAAAUCAGAAGAUGCAGAAGAUGUACGUGGUGACUCCCCUAAAUCUGAUUAUGUACGUGGUGACUCCCCUAAAUCUGAUUAUGUACGUGGUGACUCCCCUAAAUCUGAUUAUGUACGUGGUGACUCCCCUAAAUCUGAUUAUGUACGUGGUGACUCCCCUAAAUCUGAUUAUGUACGUGGUGACUCCCCUAAAUCUGAUUAUGUACGUAGUGAUUCCCCUAAAUCUGAUGAUGUACGUGGUGGCUCUCCUAAAUCUGAUGAUGUACGUGGUGGCUCUCCUAAAUCUGAUUAUGUACAUGGUGACUCUCCUAAAUCUGAUGAUUUACAUGGAGACUCUUCCAAACCCAUCAAUGUACCUACUGACUCUCCUACCCCCCUCAGCGUACAUGAUGGCUCUCCUACACCCCUCAGUGUUCAUGGUGGCUCUCCUAAAUCCCUUGAUGUACAUGGUGACUUUCCUAAAUCUCGCAACGUGCAUAAUGACUCUCCUAAAUCCAGUGACGUACAUGGUGACUCUCCUAAAUUGGUCAAUGUACAUGGUGAAUUUCGGAAAUCUGAUGAUGAAGAUGUUGACGACGAUGAUGAUGGGGAACUUUCGGACUCGAGUCAGAGUGGCAGGUCUAGCAGACAGAGUGAUGCAUCUUCUGUAAAAUCUAAGAGAAGUGAACAAAAUGGUAUUGUUGUGAAUGCUGUUGAAAUUGUAAAUAAAGAAGAAACUCUGAAUGUCAAUCAGAAACAGGAGAAAAAUGAGAUGGAAACUGAAAGUACAGUUAAAAAAGAUGGUAUUCCUGGUCAUGGCGAAGAUUUAUCUGAUGUUUCAGAUUUAGACAGUAAUGAUGGUAAUGAUAGUUUGGAUGCAAUAUCUGAAGAAGACCACCAGAAAAGAAAGAAUGAAGAGAACAAAAAAGUUGAGGAUGGAAAAGUAAGGAAAGACUCUUCUGCUGUGGAGGAAAUGGAACAGUUAGAUUUUGAAGCUGAAGAACAGCAGGAAAAGGAAGACAGAGAAGAAGGUGAAUGUGAAGAGAAGAAGGACGAGAAGAGUGAUGAUGAAGGUGAAUUGAAGGGUGAUGAUUUAGAAGAAGGAGAACUAACUGACGAUGAUGAAAAUCGGCCCGAGGAAACAGAGCCACGGCCAGUUUGUCGAUUUUACAACCGUGGACAAUGCACUUGGGGCUCUAAUUGCAGAUUUCUGCAUCCCGGUGUGACUGACAAAGGAAAUUACACAAUGUUUGAUAUGGUGAGGCCUCUUGUGCCGAUGAAUGGUCCACCAGUAUACCCAGUGAUGGACUACAGGCCAUAUGAGAGAGUACCUAUGGGUGCUCCUUACGCAGGACCUCGAAAAGAUGACCCACCAGUUUUUGAGUCAGCUUGGGAAAGAGGCUUGCGGCAGGCUAAAGAGAUGAUGCGGAAGUCCACGAAGCGCAAGGAAACAGAUAUGGAUUUUGAAGAGAAGAAGAUGAAUCUUAGUCUCGGCCAAGAAGAAUUGGAUAAGGAGAAUGAUUACUACACGCGUCCAGCUAGUCCAAUACUGAGGGACGACGCAGAUCGGUGGGGAGGUUAUAUGUAUGACAGCAUGAGACCGGAUGCAGAGACAAAGUACCGCCCACACGUCCGAGAGAGCAGCAUAUUGGCAGACCGAUUCGAAGAUGUGCCAGAGUCUCCAUACUACCACAGCUCCCGAGGAGGCAGCGACUAUUGGCGGCGUGUUCACUACGAACCUGGAGAGUCACGUGCUCUUCGUGUGGAAGCUGAGUACAGCAGAAGUGAACGCUCAAGCAAGUACCACCAGCGUUCCAGUGGGCCUUCCUCAGACUACUAUGACAAAUAUGAUAAGAAAAGUAGUUCUAGUAGCAGUCGUCAGAAACCACCACCUUCACGAGAAGUCAUUGUGGAGCGUGCAGAGAAACCUUGGCGGGAUGACAGGUAUGCAGAAAUAUCUGUUCCAAGCCACAGAGGCCGGGGAGAUGAGUGGGCUGAUCCAUGGAUGCGUUCCAAGUCACCAUCCAGUAGAAAAACAGGGUCAUCGAACAAAUGGCCCACUCGGCGUCCUUCUUAUUCAUCAGCAUCCUCAUACUCUUCGUCUAGUUCGAGUCGAAGUUCCAGUCAUUCCAGCUACAGUUCUUACAGUCGCGAUUCACGGUCCGGGUCCCGUUCGAAGUCAAAGUCCGUGUCGCGGUCCAGGUCCCGAUCCAGAUCUCGCACACCUCAUUCCCGAUCUAGCUCGAGGACACCCCUGUCCCGUGCACGGAGGAAAGCCAAUCGACCUCUCGUUCCUACUGCACGCACCACAACUGCGGCCGCUGCAGCUGCAGCCGCUGCUGCUGCUGCUACUGCUGCUGCAUCUGCCAACAAUGAUGCACCUCGUUCACCCCCUACCUCUCCUCGCAAGCCCUCCUCUAAGACAUCAGCAGCAGAACCACGAUCAUUUGUCAAGACUGCCAAGCCACUUGCAUCAACAGUUACUCAGUCAGAGAAAAAGGCAGCUAAUGAAAGGGUACUCCUGAUGAAUCCGCCAGCUCCCAGUCCUCGCAAGCCGAAGGAAGUAAGACCACCUUCGCCUGGAAUGAGGAGUAAAUCUGCACAGAAUCCUCCAGCACCUGUUCCAAAUACAGUUCCUCCUCGCAUUCCUGCUGUCUCCAAAUUAGCAAUGGAUCGCUCCAAAAUUGUUUUGGCUGCUGCAAUGUCUAAUAAAGAAAAGCAACGUUCACGAUCUCGAUCAAGGUCAAGGUCGAGGUCUCGGUCAUCACGAUCUUCAUCUGGCUCAGAUUCAAGUGGUUCCAGCAGUGAUUCAUCAGGUUCCAGCUAUUCUUCAUCUUCAAGCAGCAGGGAACCUUCACCAAAAGUCGUGCGGCCUCAGAAGCGUGUGGUAAUAGAUGAGAGAGAAAGACUUGCCCUUACACAGUCUUUGAAGGUUAAAGCAAUGGAUGCAUUAAAGCUCUCUGGUCAAAAGCAGCAGAUCAAAUUAACCUUGAAAACACCUGGGUCAAACCCUGCAGCACCUGCAAAACGGACUGUUACUGGUCUUCCAGAGCUCCCAGAACUAAACUUGGUUCGAAGAGAUCGAGCAGCGCCACCAAUUAUAGCAGGCCGGAAAAGACCAGCGGAUACGCCAUUGUCAGCAGAGUCAGUUUUAGCAGCCAAGGUGGCCGCGCUUUCUAAACAAGGAAGCAGCAAGAAAGCAACUUCUAGGAGAGAAGAGUUGUUGAAGCAACUAAAAGCAGUUGAAGAUGCUAUUGCUAGGAAAAGAUCAAAGAUCUAAGUUUUUAGCAAUCACACAUAAGCUCAUUGUGUCUUGUAACAGUAAAUAAAUAUUCCAUGUGUCUCAGUGGACAAAGUUCCCUGAAGUACUAUUAAGUUUUUUUAAUCAGACUGUUGAAAAAUACACUGCUAACUUUGUUCAUUGCAGAUUUCCAGUGAUUACCACUAAAUACUUAAUUGCAGUGAAUGACAAAGGCAGUGAAAUUCGUAUAAACAAAAAUUCAGAGUAUGUAAUACUCAUAAUUAUUAAGAGAAAGCUGUCUGGUGCCAAUACACUAUUACGGGAGCAUUAAUACCCACAGUUUAAAUCAAAAUGUCAAAUUUGCACAUUUCUGUCUGUAUCAAAAAUGAUUUUAUUGAGAGAUUACUUUUUUAACUUUCCGUCUUGUGUUUUAAAUGUGUCUAAAAUGUACAUUAUAAUACAUAAAGUCUCCUUUGUUGAAGUUUAAAUUAUUUCUACUCAUAUUUCAUGCAAAGUGUAAAUAUACAUAAGUACAGUAAUUAUAGUUCAUUUUGUACGCAUCUUAUGAUAAAUACAUGUACUAUUGAGACAUAGUAAUGCCUUAUGUGUUGUAGUUUAAUUUGUGUAAAAGUUUUUGAAUAAAAGGCAACAGUAAUUGUUGAA